AUGAAUCAAAGUCCAACGAUAUACGUGCCAACAAAAAGGACUGACGAAGUCGACUGGGCAAAUCCUUUGAAACGUUAUAUUCAGACAAUGUAUCAAGAGGAUCCAGAAAAAUAUGCUGAGGAAGCUAACACUAUCCAUCGCCUUAGACAAGACAUGAGAGGUGCUGGGAAAGACUUAACUGGCAGGGAUUUAAUGUAUCGUUAUUAUGGACAAUUAGAACUACUUGAAUUGAGAUUUCCUGUCGACGAAAACCACAUUAGAGUCUCUUUCACAUGGUACGAUGCUUUCACUCAUAAAGCAACUUCUCAAUUUUCACUUGCGUAUGAAAAAGCAUGUACAAUAUUCAACAUAGCUUCCACCCUAUCUGCUAUCGCUGCUUAUCAAAAUCGGUCUGAGACUGAUGGUGUUAAACGUGCAUUCAAUUUCUUUCAAGCUGCUGCUGGAAUGUAUAAUUAUAUCAAUGACAAUUUUUUACAUGCUCCUUCAACUGACUUAAGUCGAGAUGCUGUAAAGUUACUCUCUCAAUUAAUGUUAACGCAAGCUCAAGAGACUUUUCUUGAACAAAGUAUAAGUGGAAAAAAGAAGCCUGCUCUUAUUGCUAAAUUAGCUUCUCAAACUGGAUGGUCUUAUGGCAAUAUUGUCGAAAAUAUGAACGAUCUGGUUACAAAAAGCGUAUUUGAUCGAAGUUGGUUAACCGUUUGUCAAAUUAAACAUAAAUAUCACAUGUCAAUUGCACAAUAUCAAAAAGCUCUGGCUUGUGAAGAGGAAGGCAAAUAUGGUGAAUGCGUUGGUCGUCUUAAUAUGGCUGAAACUUUUGCUAAAGAUGCCAACAAAUCAUCCAAUAGUUUUGUUUCUUCCUUUUCUCCAACAAAUUCACCAACUCUUCCUCCUGACGCUGCUAUCUCUUUACAAGAUCUCACAAAAUCAAAUCUAGCUCUUAUUACCGAGAAAAAAAAUUCUGCAACAAAAGACAAUGAUAUUGUUUAUCAUGAUACUGUUCCACAAGAAAGUGUCAUUCCACCUAUUGAAAAGUUAAUCGCUGUAAAAUCUAUACCAAUACAGGAGCUUUAUAAUAAUCCAAACGAUAUUCAAAAAGUUAUUGGUGCUGAUAUUUUUCAACGCCUUAUUCCUCUAUCAGUUCACGAAUCUGCUUCUUUAUAUUCUGAAGAAAAAGCUAAAAUAGUGCGCAGUGAAACUGAAAGAUGUGAUUUAGCGAACGGAGAAUUAGAAGCUGUCUUAGACUAUAUGAAACUACCAGGUUUAUUAACAAAAUUCAAAAAUAAUAAUGAUGAUAGAUCAUUUAAUGAGUUUAUAACACCGACACCUGAAGUAAAACAAUGGGCAAAUUUAAUUAAAGAGGAAGAAGAACGAAAAGGAGCCUUUAAAGAUAUAUUAAUGACUUUACAAGGACUGAGAGGACAAUCAAAAGAGCUAAUGGAUGACAUUGCGCUAGUUUUAGAAAAUGAACAACGAGAGUUUGAUGCAAUGCGGUUAAAGUAUGGCGAUUCAUGGACUCUGCCACCAUCUGCAUCACUUACUACUGUUUUUCGUCAAGACUUACUUAGUCACCGUGAUAGAUUUGAACAAGCUGGAAAUUCAGAUAGACACUUGUUUCAAAGAUAUGAUCAGUCAAUGUCUGAUAUAACAAUUUUGAGUAAUGGAGAAAAUAGUGAUGAAUUAGAAAGAAUGUUUGUCGAGGCAUUGGCCUCUUUUGGUACCAAAGCAUCAAGUAAUGGCGAAAAUUUAUUGGACGUGGACGUUUCACGACCCGUAGAAGAUAUUCCAACCAAGGUUAAUCAAGUUGAAGAAUGUUUAAGUAAUCUAUAUAAAGUUAAAAAGGAAAGAAUGGAUACAUUAAAUGAUUUGAAAGAAAAGACGCAAAACAUUGAACCACAGUUGUUUGCGACAGAGCUUGAAAAGUUUUCACCAUAUCGAAAUCGAAUAACAUCUAGCAUUCAUCAUCAACAAGCAUUGUUAGAGGAAUUAACAGUUUUUUACAAAAACUUAGUGGGAGGGGAAGAAGCGCGAUCAUUACAGGAUCGAUGGGAUCAAGCGGAACGAAAAAAAAGAGAGGUUUGCGAACGGUUGAAAAAAGCAAAGGACAGUUAUUUGGAAGUCAAAGAUGGAUUGAGGAAAGGGAUCCAAUUUUAUGUUGAUCUUAAUGACUUGAUCGAGAAUCUUUCAAAAACUGUGCAUCAAUUCGCAAAAACUCGCCAGCAAGAACGAGAAGACUUGAUACGAUCGAUUCAAAGUCAAGAAGAACAACGAAUAAAAAACCAAAUGAACAAAUUUAACGUGACCAAUGUAACGAUACCUACUACAGGAAGUACACCUUAUGAUACUGCGAUGCAUUUAUCCGAAGAAUUAAAUAAAUUAUCACUCAAUUCUGGAGUUCCUAGUACAAAUAUUUAUACAACUAACAAUACCAGUCAAGAAGUGAGCACCGCAAAUGUUCCAACCAACGAUUCAACGUUCUAUGACAAUAUCACAUCCCCCACCGUCCAGUCAUUUGCGUUACCACCAAUUCAUCAAGAUUCAUACCCUACACCUUCAGCACCAUCACAUGUUGGUCCUUCAGCACCACCACAUGUCAGUCCUUCAGCACCACCACACUUUAGCCCUUCAGCACCACCACACGUUAGCCCCUCAGCACCACCACACGUUAGCCCCUCAGCACCACCACACGUUAGCCCUUCAGCACCACCACACGUUAGCCCUUCAGCACCACCACACGUUAGCCCUUCAGCGCCACCACACAUUAGCCCUUCAGCACCAUCGUAUGCUAGCACUUCAGCACCACCUCCAAUGGCUGUACCAAAUUCACCAACAUCUCACAAUCCAUAUUAUUCACAAGCUCCUCAAAGAAUUGUUACUCAAUCAUCUAUCGGAUAUCCAAUGCAAGCAGCAUCACCAAAGACACAAGGCCCUCCCGUUCCUCCUUUACCUUCAGAAUAUCAACAAAAUAGUGUUCAUAUUCCUUUUCAUUCAGAUAUUCAACGUUCAUUUCAACCGAUUAUUCAUUCUAUAAACGCACAACCUCAACCACCUGCACCACAACCUUUGUCUCGACCAUAUAGUGUUCAAUAUCAAUAUCCCCAACAGACAAAUCUACAGCAGCAACAACAGCCACAAACUUCACAGAUGAAUAGCCAGUCAGUGACAUCACAACAACCGCCUAUUUCAGGGCCAUCUAGUAUAUAUGGAGCUUCAUUACCAUCUCAGCCUAAUUACUCACCAACAAAUUAUCGUUUUUCUCAACAACAGCCACCUCAACAAUUACCCCAAUCGCCAACACAACACCGUCAAUCGACCUAUGACAGUUUUGCAUCACCUUUACAGAGUAGUUACGUUCAACCACCUUCUGGGUUACAUCAAUCUCAAAUUCCUCCCGUACAACAGCAAUAUUCUUCAUCUGUUCCUGCGGUUCAACAACAACAAUAUACUAUGCAGACUAUGCAGAGACCACAAUUUAGUCAGCCCUCUCAAAUGUUGCCAACACAACAACCACAAAAUCUUUAUCAAACAAAUCCAAUCCCAUCACAAGUCCAGCAGCCUGUAGUAGGAUUUUAUCAGAAUUCUUCACCGCAAGUCCCUAUCCAACAGGGAAAUUAUCCUCCAACAGCUGGUCUUCAGCAGUCUAAUCAUAGUUACCAACAAGCACCUUAUCAUGCCCAAUAUCGGCCUCCAACAGCACCACCACCUCCAAGAAAUGAUGGCCCUUCAUUGUUAGAUUAG